UCUUGAACGGUUGUGCUGUUAAGAAAGAUAAGAAUCGCAUCGAAAUCAACCUUCGCGACCCUUUUCGCUAAGAAAAAUACGGCUUUUAACGUUAUCUUCGGGAAUUUAAAUCAAUCCUGAUUGUGUCAAAGUUUUUUUUUUAUUUUUUAAAAAAUUAAUUUUUUAUUGUCACCCACACACAUUCGCUCGCUGAUUUUGCAGAAAAAAUAUUGAAUGAAAAAAAAUAAUUUUUUUUUUAUUAAUAAAUUGUCAUGCAACACAACUUUAUUGGAUACCGCUGAGUUAUUGUGCCGUAUAAAAAUAUAUAUUUAAUUUUCUACGUGUGAUUCGCCGAGACACAUCAAAAGUAACAGUUUUUAUUAAAUUUUAUCAACAAUUUACAGAAAAUGACAACAAAGUGAUAUUGGAUUGCAAUUCUCGUAAAUAUCGCACACACACAAAAAAAAAUAAAAAGUUUAAAAUAACAAACAAAACAAAGAAAUUAACAAAAAAAAAAGUUUUCCGCUGAAAAAUUGUUCGUAAAUUUGUUUUCUGUGUAAAAAUCGAACAAAGUGCAUAAAUACCGACGACACAAAAAAAAAACCAACAAAAAAAAUUUGUUGAUACACAAAAAUAUGUUAAAAAGUAUUUUUUAAUUUCGUCACAAUAUUUUUCGUUGUCGUCGUCUCGUUUUCUCAGUUUUUUUUUUUAUUUUUGUAAAUUUAUUAUUAAAAGAAGAAGUUAGUUUUGCACACGAAAAACACACAGAGCGACACACAAGAAAGAGCAAAGAAAAAAAAAGUUAACAACCGGCUUAUAACUUAUUGUGUUUGUUUGUAUCUCGAGCCAUCUCACAUGAAAAAAUAAAAAAGUGCAAAAAAAUAAUAAAAUUAUAAAAAAAAGUUGCUGAAAAAAGUGUUGAAAAAAAGGAAGUCUGAAAUAUGAUAAAAAUUUGACUACCUUACGAGAAAAAUUUUUAAAAAAAUUAAAAAAAAAAACAAAUUAGAAAAAAUUUUUAAAUUAAAAAAAAAUAAUUAAUUAAAAUAAUCAAAAAUGUGUGCAAAUAAAAUGACGACGGCUCUUGUAGCAGUCAUCUUCUGUCUACUAGUUGUGAAUGUAAAUUGUAAAAGUAUCGAGCAUGGGCAUCAAUCGUGCAGUCAAAUAAAGCACUUUUUUGAUACGAUUGGUGUCACAAGUGGCGGCACAAGUUUAGAAGCAGAUCAAUUUGGUCAAAUUUGCAAUGGAAAUUGUUGUGAUACGCGAACCGAAGAGCAAUUGAUCCAAAAAUCCACAGAGAGCUUCCAGCGGAUAGUGAAGGAUCACACACAAAGUCAUCGUAGUCUGUGGGAGUCGACAGCGAAUACAUUCAGAGAUCAUGUGUUCGAGCUGUUACGCCAGUCCGAGAAUCGGACACUAAGUCUCUUCAACACCGUCUAUACUCGCAUGACACACAUGUCUAGACAACCCAUUCAAGAGCUCUACAAGAGUAUUCAGAGUCACUUCCUCUCGAAAAUUUCGAGCAACGCGAACGACGAGAGCUUAGAAAGGAGUGUCAAUAACUUCUUUGUUCAACUUUUCCCGGUCGCCUAUUUGCAUGGCAUUAAUUCCGAAAGGUUCAGUGGCGACUCGAGCAGUAGCAAAAAACUUUUGGACUUCAAUGCUGACUAUAAAAAUUGUUUGAGCAACAUGUACGAGCAAUUCCAGCCUUUUGGAAAAGUCACGAAGGAACUUUCCCAGAGCAUUACUCAAAGUGUUCAUUUGGCUUCAGUUUUUUUGCGAGGCUUACAAGGCGGUGCGAAAGUUCUUGGGGGUGUGGAAUCCUUGGAUGUCCAUAAUUUGGAUGUUAAUUGCAAAGAAGCACUGUUGAAGAUGAAUUAUUGCUCGAGUUGCAAAGGAUAUAGUCACGUGCAUGUCAAACCCUGUUACGGUUAUUGUAUGAAUGUAAUGAGGGGCUGCUUAAAUCUUUAUUUGGGAACAUUGAACAAAGACUGGAACAGCUUCACGGAUGCCAUUCCAAAGCUCAAUAACCUCGUCACGUCACAAGAUAUGGGCAUCGAAAACGUCAUUCGCAGUCUGGACAGUAAAUUAUCGAAUGCCAUCAUGUACGCGAUGGAACAUGGACCACAAAUUGACAAAAACAUUAAGCAUGCUUGUGGCAAUCCAUCCCUGAUCGAGAAACAAGCAGAUGUCUCACAUCGUCCCCAAAAUCCACGAAUGAAUAAUCAGAACAAUCCAUGGCCAUCGCCCAUUCAUACAAUUUUGAUUGACUUCAUGUCGAGCAUCGAUCGUGCAAAGGACUUUUUCAUGCGCAUAUCAGAUAGUUUAUGCGAAGAUUACCGCACUAGUCAGCCGAAAAAAUGCUGGGAUGGCAGUCAUCUUGGCGAGUACAGUCACGACAUCAUCGGCUACGACCAACAAAAGUACAAUCCAGCGGUGAAAAUCUCACAAGACCCAUCAGGCAACGAAAAAUUACAUAUCUUAAACGAUCAAUUGGUGAAUUUACGGAAUGUUGUAUUGAAACCUUUGUCUACACAUUCACACAUGAAAUACGACAACGAUAAAAUGCUGUCAGACAUGGCCUUGGAAGAAGGUUCCGGCGGAUAUGCGGACGACAACAUGAACGACGACGAAGAUUACGUGGAGGGAUCUGGCGAAGGAGGCUCCGGAGAUGGAGGUAUUGAACCAAGAACGCCAAUUGUAGGUGUCCCAAGUAAUCCGAGUGACAACGAUGCUGGAGGCGCCGCUACUACACGUCAAUUAUCGCUAACGUCGCUUUACGCGUCACUUUUAAUGUUUGUAAUUGUGCUAAGGUUACAUUAAGUUUCAUCUUUUUCUUCGUUUUAAACAUGUGGAGAAUUUAUUCUGAGUCAGUCACUUUGAUGUGUCAAAAUAGUCGCGUAACAAUUUUUUUAUGUACAAUUUUUUAUCACUUUAAAAGAUAUGCGAAAAUUGCCAUAAAAAUUAUUUUAAAGUCUUUCGAGACUUUUUUUGUAAAUAAAUAAUUGUUUUUUCUUUUAAUCAUUAAUAUUUAUAUAAAAAAAAUAUUUUACAAGCAAUUUUUUA